AUGCUUGGCUCUGGCUCCAAACGACCUCCCGUCUUCUUGGUCCAGAAUGCGCUGUCGAGGCCAGUAGUCGCGGACAUGUUAUCAAUUCGACAAACCCAAUCAUCGAUCCUAGUCGAAGUUUUUGUUGUCGACCUCAUUUUCCACCGAGCUUCCGGGUUUUUCCUUUUUUUUCACCGGCGCAGCGGAAAUGUUUUCGACACUGCACAAGCCAGUUCAAUUCAAAACCCAGAUUCACGCGAAGUUUUGAUGGUCUUACACAGACGACAUUGCAAUUUUCGAGCUAUUCCAUCUUUAGUACACCCAAGCUCGCGUGCCUCUUCAAUUAGUAUCCUUGGAAGCUCAGAACAAUUUGCGGGUCCGGAUUGCGACGGGAGGAGUGGAGUCCGGUCAUAUCUGGCACUCCGUCGUUGCAUAGCCGCCGAUUGGCAGGCCCCACUCGGAGAGACAAUCCCCGCGGUCUCACCUUUCGAGACAGCGGAGCAGAUCGUCCUCAAAAAGCCACCUUCUGGCUCUCUCCUGUCUCCACACUACUCUUGCUUUAACCACCAUUACAUGCACCACGAGUCGACCUGCCUCUUAACAAUCCACACACCCACUCCAUUUAUCAUGCCGGCUCAAUUCUCCCCCUCCUCUCGCUCCCUGCCCGACCUUACGGGGACCGUUCUCGACGGUAACCUCAAGCUCGUGAGCAUUUUGGGCGCUGGCUCAUUUGGAAAAGUCUAUAAAGCCAUCGAUCUCGACUCACCAGCCGAAAACCCCAUAUAUUAUGCUGUCAAAUGCUUGCGACUGCACAAAAUUGGGUCCAAAGAGCGCCAGCGGCAAGAACAGGAAGUCAGACAUCAUAAGGCCGUUUCAGACGACCCGCGAGUCGUCUCCUUACAUCGAUCCUUCACAUCUGGCGAAUUCCUCUUCGUUGUCCUCGAGUAUGCCGAGAAGGAUGUCUUCCAAGUCAUGGUUGGCCAGAACAUGUUUUAUUGCCAGCCAGUCCGUGUCAAGCAGGCAUCCGGGGAAAUACUCGAUGGUGUUGAAGCCAUGCACCGUUGUGGCAUCUACCACCGAGAUAUCAAGGCCGAAAACCUUCUCUGCGACAGCGACGGGAAGAACAUCCGUAUUGCGGACUUCGGUCUAUCGACUAGGAAAAUACGUUCUUUCCUGUUCGGCUGUGGGUCGCCAGCGUAUAUGUGCCCAGAGUCGCUUGACCGAAACCAUCCAGCCGCUCUUGAGGGCUUCUCGCCCAAGGACAGCGACAUGUGGGCCAUCGCUGUCCUCUUUUGUACCUUUGUUGCGGGCGCAACGCCAUGGCAAAAGGCUCACAUUUCCGACCCGUCAUAUCACUUGUUCCUCCGGAAUAAAGACCACCUCAUCCACGACUUGGGUCUGACAAAAGAAACCAACGCUUUGCUGCGGCGCUGUUUCCACAAGAACCCGCGGAUGCGACCCACUCUUGCGGAGUUCCGGGCCGCCAUCAAUGCGAUGGAUCGGUUUACGCUAGACGAUCCUCUUCCGCCAGCCGACACCACUGUUGAGAACGGCCACCCUAAAGAGCCGUUGGAACCGAGCUCCAGCUCCUCUUGCUCCCAACGAGGCGAGACGUCAGAAGAGGGACAUUCUACACCACCCACAUCAUAUAUUCCCUCUUCGUCUUCGCAUGGCGCAGCCUCCGCUCCCCGACAAGUUGCUAAGACAUCUCGGAAGUUCCCGCGGAGGCUGUUCAAGCACAAGCGGAAACAGUCGCCCCCUCCUCCUUCUCCGGAAGCCAGUGCACCUACUGGCCCGAUUGGGCAUCGCAGGCGGAGGUCGUCGCUGCAACUGCUCGCCCAAAAUCUGGGGCUGAAGUGGUGA